UUGGCAAACUUACUGCUACAAUCUUCCCCCUACCUAUUGCUUUAAAACCAAUCAAAAACUGGAAAUUUUCAGCUUAAAAGUGCCAACGCCCCAAGACGGUCCCGUUCUCAUCGACUACUCGAAAAAUCGCAUCGACGAUGAAGCGCUCGGCCUUCUGUUCCAACUGGCCAAGCAGAGGAACGUUGAGCAGGCCAGAGAUGCGAUGUUCAACGGCCAGAAAAUCAACUUUACAGAAGAGCGAGCGGUGCUGCACAUCGCUCUACGCAAUCGGUCCAAUCGCCCAAUUCUGGUAGAUGGAAAGGAUGUGACGCCCGAUGUUAAUGCGGUUUUGGAGCACAUGAAACAGUUUACAAAUUCGAUUUUGAGCGGACAGUGGAGAGGAUAUUCGGGAAAACAAAUCACCGACGUGGUCAACAUCGGCAUUGGAGGUUCGGAUUUAGGCCCGCUGAUGGUAACCGAAGCUCUGAAGCCAUACAACAAGGGCCUGCGAGUGCACUUCGUCUCAAACAUCGAUGGAACCCACUUGGCGGAAACGCUCAGAAAAGUCGACGCUGAAACUGUGCUAUUCAUUAUCGCGUCCAAGACUUUCACCACUCAAGAGACCAUCACCAAUGCCACAUCGGCAAAGGACUGGUUCCUCGGAUAUGCUAAAGAUCCAGCGGCCGUUGCUAAACACUUCGUAGCGCUCAGCACCAACGAGCCCAAGGUGAAAGACUUCGGAAUUGAUCCGGCCAAUAUGUUUGGAUUUUGGGAUUGGGUCGGCGGCAGAUACUCCUUAUGGUCGGCCAUCGGCUUGAGCAUUUCGCUCAGCAUUGGAUUCGACAAUUUCCAGCAGCUCUUAGAAGGCGCCCACCACAUGGAUAAUCAUUUCCAAACGGCGCCCCUUGAACAGAACGCCCCAGUGAUUUUGGCCCUUUUAGGGAUUUGGUACGACAAUUUCUACGGCGCUGAAACUCACGCCCUUUUGCCCUACGAUCAAUAUCUGCAUAGAUUCGCUGCGUAUUUCCAACAAGGCGACAUGGAAAGCAAUGGCAAAUACGUGACCAGAAGCGGAAAAACUGUGAGUUGGGAAAACAAUCAUUUUCUUCAUCAGUGUUGAACCGUUGAUCCGAUU